AAAAAAAUGAAGCAGUGGCAGCAGUGGUCACACACUGUCAUCCCUUCCCUCCUUCAGCCAUACCUUGCAUAUCAACAACUAUCCAAUCACUUCUGGAAUCCUGUUGACUAUGAACUGCCAAUGUGUGGUUGUCACCAGACUCGAAAACUGAGAGUCAUUUGCAUUGAUUUCAAUGCUCUGCAAUCAAUUGAUCUGGCUGUCUGUCCUUGUGCACCUGCAGCCCUCCAACUCCUUUGGAUGGGCUACUUCCCCUGUGCCCCACUGGGGCCAACACUUGCUGUUAGCCUACAGCUUCUCAGCUUUGUCCAACAACUCUUCAUGCACAUACCUCCAAACACUUCAGCAUGGUGUGAAUCCCUUCAGGCAUACCUUGCAGCUAUGGGUUAUGAGGUGGACACAAAGGAGGGUAUACACCAGAGGUUCAGUAAUGCAUAUCACUGGUAUUGUAUUCUGGAAACAUCCCUUGAUGAAUAUGUCCAACAACAACUGCAAGAAUCUGCUAGUCCACCAUCAAACAUCCCCUCUGCAAUCCCAUUGCCAAGUCCCCCAGACAAUGAUGUCCUCAGUUCAAAGAUGAGGCCAUCAGAAUACCUAUGA